GAAGCCACUGAACGACGACGUCGCGUAAAUUACUCGCGAGGACGUCACGUGGGAAGGGAGGGGCUGUUUCGUCAUUUCGCCCCCUUUCAGCACUCAGCAAGUAGGGUUGCCUUGCGGCUCCGUUUUCUUUGGUAAGAGUACCGAGAAAACGCCUCCGUUCCUGCUCUCGUUGAAGCGCUUUCGCUGAUUCUCAGGCCGCCGACGAUUCAUCCUCCCUGAUCCUGAGUAUGGCAGGGAGAAACCGCUUGCCUCAUCAUGCUGAUGGCUUACGAGGUUUUCGUGAUGGCCCUAGGCCUGUGUUGAACCGAGGGCCAGGACCCUUGCCUCUUCACCCUGCUGCCAUGGAGGAGGAAAUUGAACUCCGACAUCGAGAGCUUCAGAGGAUUGUUGCUGAGAAUCGUCAUGUAAUUGAGGAUAAUACAAUUCUGGAAAGAGAAUUGGCUGCAGCAAAAGAAGAGAUUCACAGGUUGGGUCAGGUGAUACCCAAACUCCGAGCCGACAAAGAUGCACAGGCCAGGGAGUUGAUUGAGAGAGGAUUGAAGCUAGAAGCUGAGCUCCGUGCUGCUGAGCCUUUGAGAGCAGAGGUUGUGCAGUUAAGAGCUGAAGUCAUGAAAUUGAAUACCUUACGGCAGGAUUUGUCUGGCCAGGUUCAGGGUCUCACACAGGACAUUACACGAAUGAAAGCUGAGAAUCAGCAGUUUAUGGCCUUGAGGACUGAUGUUGAGGGGAUGCACAAGGAGGUUGCUGAGGCCAGGAGAGCUUAUGAGUAUGAAAAGAAAGCAAAUGAGGAGCAGAUGGAACAGAAACAAGCAAUGGAGAAAAACCUCAUUUCUAUGGCUCGUGAAAUAGAAAAGCUACGAGCUGAGCAACUGAACACAGAGAGGAGAGCACGGGGAUUUGGUGGAAGUUACGGAAUGUUGAAUGGGAGUCCUGAAAUGAGAUAUCCAAGCGCUGGCUUUGCUGAUGGCUAUGGUGGAGCUUGGGGACCUUAUGAUAAGCGUGCCCCUCGACGUUGAUUUGGCUACCAUUCUAGCCUACUAAAUAACUUGCCAUUAAGAAAUACCCUAUGUAGGGGUCUUGUUUUAAAUUAUGUUAGGCUCAUGUCAUCAUUUGCUGCUGCUGAAAACAAAAUCUGGAUUCGGGAUCCUGUUUAGCAUUUUAUUUUCUUGUGGCUUUGUUGUAGGUUGCUUACUCUGGAAAUGGAUGCACGUUUGGGAUUUCACGAA